AUGGUUUUGGGACUGGAUAAGCGAGCACUGUGGGGCGCGCUGCCCCUGCUGGGAUUCGCCAUCGGUCACUUCCUGGACAAGAAGGAGACGGAACGAAUGACCAUGUUCCGCGACAAGAGUGCCCUGUACGGCCGCCCCGGUGGCAACGAGGGUAAGGCGCCAUCCUGGUAGGCCUGCCCAGCAUCGCCAUCCCACAUAUAUUCUUUUAUUUCCCCCAACUCACUGUUAACCAAUAAACCGGAGAAAUGUGAAA